AUGUCAAGCACCAGCUUUCGACUAGAAUCUUUCCGGCCGUGGAAUCCUUUUCAGGACAAAGCGCAGCCUUCGCGGGAUUCUCCCUAUAUUUAUCGCUACCCAAGUCCUGUCUCGAUUUCUGCCACCCCACCUCCCUCAUAUCCUAGCAACCGAUUGUCAACGAGCCAAAAGUUAAACUCCCACAGCUCCGACCGGCAUCCCCUUCCUGCACGGCCACCAGCGGAGGUCUGCUUCGAUGGCUGUCUAGAUUUCGUGGUUCAAACCGCUGGACAUGAGCCGGGGCAUUUGGGCAGUAUAGCCUCCGACAGUACUCACAUUGACACUCUCAACCCUAACGAUAUUUUGCAAUUGCAAGACCUACCAGGUCCAGAGGAUCUUGGUCACGCCCCAAUAUCGGGCAGUAUUGGUCUUAGUGCUGAUGCUGAGCGUCGAUCCCCCGAUUUUGAUCCGUCCGACUUGGAAGCGGCGGUUAUUGCUGGUCAGCUCCCACAAGAUGUCGAUUCUGGAAACCAUAUCCUGUCCAGAGAGCCGCCAGGCAUUGAAACAAUCGAUCCUACAAUCCUGAACGAUCAUGCCUGUCCAGGUGUGGGGCAGAUCCAAGCAGCGGAAACUAUCUCCGGCAUCGCAACAUGUCGAGACAGAAGUCCCCCGGAGUUCUUCCACUUUCCCAUUCACGAUCCGCCUCUUCAAUGCAGCCGAGAAAAUGCAAAAGAAACGGCCGAUCCUAAUCGCCAGUUCACAAAAAUAAAUAAAUGUUCGAGUAUCGGGAAGAGAUGUUCAAAAAUUGGUGCUGGCCGGUCCAGGAAAGGGCCCCGUCGUUGCAACAGCGUUUCGUUUCCUACCGUUCGUGCUCAAUUCCUGGCCCUUCCAGUCGAAGACCGGCUACAGUUUCUAUCUUGGCUAUUUGAGAGCACUCUAUCACACUGCGUUUCUUCACGUCCCAACACAGAUGUCGCCUCUGUAUCAAGCUGCGCCUCGAGUCAAGAUCAGUCGAGCUCAAACACCGAACCCGUUGAAGCGCAACAGCCUCCUUCGAGAAAAGGCUUACCAUGGUCCAUGGAAGAAAAUUGUCUAUUGGUAAACCUCCGGGAAGAACAGAAUCUUGCUUGGUCGGAGGUGACGAGACUGUUUGCACAGAAAUUCCCCGGAAGGAGCAAAGGGUCUCUACAGGUGUACUGGAGCACGACGCUCAAGAAUCAGCGGCUAUACGACCACCGGGUAUAG